AUGGAUUUCACAAGUGUAACACUUGCUUUCAUCAUAGUUUGCUGUUUUCGUCAGGGCUUGAGUACUGCCAAUGAUACCAUUACAUCAGGCCAAUUCAUUAGAGACCCUCACACUCUGAUCUCCGCUAACAGUGUCUUCAAGUUAGGAUUCUUCAGCCCUCAAAAUUCAUCAUAUCGCUACCUGGGAAUCUGGUAUCUCUCUGACUCUAAUAUCAUAUGGGUAGGUAACAGAAACCAGCCACUGACGAACAACUCUUCCGGGCAAGUUCAAAUUUCCAUAGAUGGCAAUCUUGUGGUGUUAGAUAGCAACAAAACGGUUCUUUGGUCAUCAAAUGUGACACGCAUUGCAGCCAAUUCAACUGCCAAACUUUUGGAGACAGGAAAUCUCGUCCUGCUAGAUGGUGCCACGGGACAAACUAUAUGGGAGAGUUUCCAACAUCCUAGUCAUGCUCUCGUGCCAAAGAUGAAAUUUGGUACUAACAAAAGAACAGGUGAGAAAGUACGUAUAACGUCAUGGAGAAGUCCUUCUGAUCCUUCAGUUGGGUACUAUUCUGUUACUCUUGAAAAGCCCAAUACUCCAGAAAUGUUUUUCUGGUUGAAUGAAACGCGACCGUACCAUCGUUCUGGUCCAUGGAAUAAUCAGAUUUUUAUUGGCUCGCCGGAGAUGUCACCUGGUUAUCUAAAUGGAUGGAAUAUGAUUAAUGAUAUAGAGGACGGAACUGUUUAUCUUUCUUAUAAUUUGCUGAAUCAAUCUUACUUUGGAAUCAUGUCCUUAAAUCCACAGGGUCAAAUUGUAUGCUCAUGGUGGAUCAACGAAAAGUUAGUCCAGAGGAUGGUGGUGCAAAGAACUCCCUGCGAUCUUUAUGGCUAUUGUGGGGCAUUUGGAACCUGUAAUUUCCAGAGUUCACCAAUAUGCAGUUGUUUGAGUGGAUAUAAGCCCAAAAUUGUAGAGGAGUGGCAUAGGAAAAAUUGGACUAGUGGGUGUGUAAGGAGUGAGCCACUGUAUUGUGGGGAACACACAAAUGGAAGUGAAGUCAGCAAAGAUGCGUUUUUGAAGCUUGAGAAUAUGAAAGUGCCAGACUUUGUACAUUGGUCAGAUUCUUUGGAAGAUGAAUGCAGUGCAGAGUGUUUGGAGAACUGCUCUUGUGUUGCCUACGCAUAUGACAGUGGCAUUGGAUGCAUGGUUUGGAGUGGAGACUUGAUUGACAUACAGAAGUUCUCAAGUGGAGGGGUUGAUCUUUACAUUCGUGUGCCACAUUCAGAACUCGGUACGUUUCUUUUUGUGUUACUCUUGUCACGUUAA